AUGACAGUCAUGUUCUUUCCAUAUUCCACGAGGAGUGGUAUUACUACUAUUGUUCCCCCACUGCCUGCUAUGGAAGUUGAUGAUGAUGAAACACCUAUUGAGAAGUCAAAAAAGGCAACAGGUGGGGAUGAUGCAGUUGCCAAAGAAAAUGAUUUGAGCCUAAAUACGCCUCUUCUCGAGGAGUUGGGGAAGAUGCCUAGAUAUGCCAGGUUUAUGAAUCAAUUGGUCACAAAGAAGAAAGGAGCUACGAUUAAGGAUGCUAAUGGCUUUCACCAUUGUAGUGCAGUCACUAUGAAGGCUUUGCUUCAGAAAAAGUGUGACCCUAGAGCAUUCACUAUACCAUUUACUAUUGGGUCAUCCCAAUUUACCAGAUCUUUAUGUGACUUAGGAGCCAACAUAAAUCUAAUGUUGUUGGCCAUAUUCAAGCAAUUGGGUUUUAACCCUCCAAAACUAACUUCAAUGCAGCUAUUGAUGGCUGGCUGCAUGGUGAAUAAACCUAUAGGCAUUUCAUUUAAUGUGAUUGUGAGAGUGGACAAUCUCAUAUUCCUUGCUGACUUUGUCAUUCUUAAUAGUGAGUUGGACACUGAGAUGUCCAUUAUAUUGGGGAGACCGUUUAUGGCCACAGUUAGACCGAUGGUUGACAUAGAGAAAGGAGAGAUGAUAUUCAGAGUCAACAGUGAGGAAGCUACCUUUAACAUCUAA